AUGCUGGCUCCCCUGGUAGUCUUUGGUGGCGCCCUGUACCUGACCUUCUUGGUCCUACAAUACAUUCAACAACUAUACAAGCAGCGCAAGCACGCACAAUCCCUACGUUGUCAACCGGCCCCCCCAGGCACCCCCGGUAUCUUCGGCUUUAGGUCCUUUUAUCGAUUGUCUCGCGCCGCCAAAGAAAAACGAUGGGUGGAAUACAUAGCUAAUCAGUACGGAAUUUAUGGAAAUACCUUCACGCAGAAGGUCAUGGGUCGGUGGAUGAUUUCCACCAUUGAUCCGGAAAACAUCAAGGCUAUCCUAGCCACCCAGUUCACCGACUUCAGCUUGGGGACCCGGCACCGCGAGUUCUACCCCUUACUUGGCGAUGGCAUUUUCACUCUCGACGCCGGAGGUUGGUCUCAUGCGCGGGGUCUCUUGCGACCCCAGUUCGCGCGAGACCAGGUGGCCGACCUGAAUCUCAUGGAUGGCCAUAUCUCCCGUAUGAUUGAUCUCAUUCCGACCGACGGCUCAUCCUUUGAUAUUCAGCGCCUUUUCUUCAUGUUGACCAUCGAUUCUGCGACACACUUCCUUUUCGGCGAGUCCGUGGGCUCGAUGCACUCUUCCGCCGAUGCGGGUCUUCUGGAGAAGUCGUCGGUUGGCAAUGCCCAGGGCUUUGCGGAGGCAUUCAACACAUCCCAGGAUUAUCUUACGGCACGGUCCCGAGCGGUGGGCUUCUACUGGAUGGUGAAUCCGAAGGAAUUCCAGGAUUCCGUCAAGCGUGUCCACGAGGUCGUGGACCAUUAUGUGCGCCUCGCGAUCGAAUCCAAGAAUCAUCCCGAAAAGAAGGAGCAGGGACGAUACAUCUUCGCUGAAGCACUGGCCGAGGACAACGACGACCCCAAGGUUCUUCGUGAUAACAUGCUGAAUAUCUUGCUCGCCGGUCGUGAUACCACGGCCAGUCUACUCAGCUCGGCCUUUUUCUUUAUGUCUCGCAACCCCGCCGUCUGGAAGAAGCUUCGGGGGUUAAUCGUGGAGGAAUUCGGAGAUAGCGAACACCCAAGAGAACAGAUCACACAGACCAAGUUGAAGGACAUCCCGUACCUGCGAUACGUCCUGAAUGAAGUCCUUCGGUUGAUGCCACCCGUGCCUUUGAAUUUCCGUGUCGCUACUAGGGACACCUCGCUGCCUGUGGGAGGAGGGCCGGAUCGCAAAUCUCCAAUCUACGUCACAAAGGGAAUGGUUGUCACUUACAGUGUCUACGCCAUGCAUCGACGGACCGACUUCUACGGCCCGGAUGCACACGUCUUCCGUCCAGAACGUUGGCAGGAAAAUGGGCGACGCAGCUGGGACUAUCUUCCUUUCAACGGCGGGCCACGCAUCUGUCUUGGUCAGCAAUAUGCACUCACAGAAGCAAGCUACACGUUGGUCAAGCUGGCUCAGAAAUUCGAAACCGUAGAAUGUGCCGAUCCGGAAAUCCAGGUGCCCAAGAUUCAUUCGACUCUCACCAUGUCGCAUGACCGGGGAGUCCCGUCUACCGCGGCCCCACCCCAAGGCUCCGAUCCCUCGAAAUCGAAAAUUGUGAAACCGGAUCCUGUCAAUAAUAAUAAUCCAAGUACUUCUACGCUGUCUACCAUCGGCACCAUGAGCAAUCCAGUUAAUGUCGCGCCGAGCGCCGUUCGGCCUCAGCAGCCUCAACCCGGGACGAAGGGGAACAUCGCCCCGGUCGUGGUCGACAAUGGGGCUUCCAGCGCCGAGAUCUCGGAGUCCGAAAUGCAACUUGUAUCUUCUUUGGCGAAACUCCAGAAAUUGGAGGCCAUGGUUCACCAACUCCGGACUCUGCUUCCGGAUCGCCUACUGGAUCCACUGCGACCAAACCCGAAUCCCAAGGCUGCCGCUCAGUCGGUGCCGAGAUCACCGGGGGUUCUGUUUCAGCAGCUUUCCCAAAGCUUUCAGGAUGGCACUGCCGAAGUCCAGGCGUUCCAGAAUAUGUGGCGCGGCCCUGAAAUGAAAGCCGUCUGGGAGCAUGUCGAUGCGCAGAUCAAGGAGAAUGGCGGCAUCUUGCUGCAGCCUACCGGGGUUUGGGAGCAAGAUUACGACACGAUCCUUGAAGAGCUGCUCAAGGAGCAAGAGAAGCAGAACGAGCAGCAGCGCAAAGCUGGCGAGGAGCAGGAACGGUCGAAUAUCCGAUCGGCUGAGGGCGGGUGGAGAGCGGUCGUGGACGGCUUUGCUCAGAGAAAUGUGCCCGGUAUGCGUUUGAUUCCCAGUAAGAGUCAGGAUUCUGUUAUCGUUGCUCUUGCAAAGGCGGGGAUGGUCUUCGAUGUCCACACCGUUGGCGGAACGGAAGGGAAUGGUGUGCCUGAAUGGCAAGUCACGAGUAAGGCGGCUCCAGGACAGUCCCAGACGAAGAUGGAGAAGUCGAUCACCGACUGCCUGAAUGCACGACCUCAGCAAUGGGAUCUUGCGCAUCUACUUGACAUGAUAUCUUCCUACUCCAGCAUCAAGCAGACACCCUGCAUGAAGUGCGGCAAGAUGACUGACGCAGCAACUCAACUACCAACGAUCCGCCAGCACAAACUUAUGCCUUCUCCAACGGCAGGGCAACCGCCAUCUUCAACCUGGGAGGCCUAUCAUGCCAGCUGCCUAUGA